GUUGCAGUUUCCAUAAUAAUUACUAAUUGAAAAUUAAAAAAAUUAACUGAAAUUCAAGCCUCUAAAAAAAAAACAAAUUACCCCCUCCAUUGAUUGCUGUCACCGGCACGUGUUACUUUGACACUUGUCAUUGAUUUUGAUGCGGUGUUGCCAAAUUUGUAUACACUAAAACAAUGUUUUUUUAAAUUAUUCUCCAAGACUUCAAAAUAAUUCUUUUAUAUUAUUAUCCUUUUUAUUAUAGUAUAGUAUAAUAUAACACAAACUAGCCAACACACGCUUGAAAUUUAAUUAAUUUCCUCCCUUUUUUUUGACACGUCAAAUUUUCGAUUUGGCAACGUGGCAAUCCAGUCAGCUGUUUACUCGCUGUCAAAUAAUAGUAAACACAUCCCUUUUGGGCUGCGCCGGAAAAUCUGAAAGAAAAAGCCCCCCUAUAAGAAAAUCAGCGUUUCCCACAGCUACUCUACUGUCAUUUUCCGACCCAACAUGGCAGAAAGUGUAUCGCGGUCCGUUCCUUUGAUUAUUGUUUGGUGUUUAGUGUAAAUGCAGUGUUUUUAAGUGUUUAAAAUCGCGUCGUGGAGCUAAUUUUCGGCAUGGCUGACCUAACUAAGCCGCCUCUCAGUGACAUUAAGCACCCCGAGGAGGUGGUGAGAAUGGCCAUGAAGGAUAAUCUCAAAUUUGCGGUGCUUAUUGGACUUAUCGAAGUCGGACAAGUUUCCAACAAGGAAGUGGUCAACACUGUUUUGCAAUUGCUUGUCGGUGGCGAGUUUGACAUGGAAUUAAACUUCGUUAUCCAAGACGCUCAAAAUAUUCGACACAUGUUGGAACUUCUAGAUCAUUGUCCUCCAAAUUUACAGGCGGAAAUAUGGAGCGUUUUCAUUGCGAUCCUGAGAAAAAGCGUCCGGAACUUGCAGGCAUGCACCGACGUCGGCCUUAUAGAGCACGUCCUGAAGAGGCUAAGAUAUGCGGAUGCCGUAGUUGCAGAUCUACUAAUAGAAAUGCUCGGAGUCUUGGCAAGCUACAGCAUCACCGUAAAAGAACUGAAACUAUUAUUCGGCGCCAUGAAGGCGUCGAACAGCAAAUGGCCCCGGCACUCGGCCAAACUGCUCAACGUCCUGCGUCAGAUGCCCCAGAGGUCCGGCCCCGAAGUUUUCUUCAGCUUUCCGGGCAGGAAAGGAUCGGCAGUAGUCUUACCUCCCUUGGCGAAAUGGCCAUACGAAAACGGAUUCACCUUCACAACGUGGUUUCGUUUGGAUCCUAUCAACUCGGUCAAUAUCGAAAGAGAGAAACCUUAUUUAUAUUGCUUCAAAACCAGCAAAGGUGUAGGAUACACGGCGCACUUUGUGGGCAACUGUCUGGUUUUGACGUCAAUGAAAGUCAAAGGCAAAGGAUUCCAGCAUUGUGUAAAAUACGAAUUUCAACCCAGAAAGUGGUAUAUGUUGGCCAUAGUGUACAUAUACAACCGAUGGACGAAGAGCGAAAUCAAAUGUUUCGUCAACGGCCAAUUAGCGUCCAACACCGAAAUGGCCUGGUUCGUUUCCACUAAUGACCCUUUCGACAAAUGCUACAUCGGUGCUACACCGGAACUAGACGAAGAACGAAUAUUUUGCGGUCAAAUGUCAGCCAUUUACCUUUUCAGCGAAGCCCUGACGACCCAUCAAAUAUGUGCGAUGCACCGAUUAGGUCCUGGGUAUAAAAGUCAAUUUCGCUUCGACAAUGAGUGCAACAUAAAUUUGCCAGACAAUCACAAAAGGGUGAGUGACAGUAGUGAGGAUAGUUCACAAAGCAUGGUUGUUAUUACAGCAUCAGAUGCACGAACAGUAUUGUACGACGGCAAACUAUCCAGCGCUAUUGUGUUCAUGUACAAUCCGGUUGCGACCGAUACUCAAUUAUGUCUGCAAUCCGCUCCCAAAGGAAAUAUGUCCUUUUUCGUCCACACACCACACGCGCUCAUGCUACAAGAUGUGAAAGCUGUGAUAACUCACUCCAUCCACAGUACGUUGAAUUCAAUUGGCGGUAUUCAAGUUUUGUUUCCGCUUUUUUCUCAACUCGACCUGCCUUUCGAAUGCAACGGAUCGACUGACGUCAAAAAGGACUCUGCACUGUGUUCAAAACUACUAGGAUUCAUUUGCGAGCUGGUGGAAACUUCCCAAACUGUGCAACAGCACAUGAUUCAGAACCGUGGUUUUCUGGUGAUCAGUUUCAUGCUGCAACGGUCUUCAAGAGAUCACCUGACUAUUGAUGUUUUAGGCUCGUUUUUGAGUUUGACCAAAUAUCUGGUCACUUGUUUGAGUGCCAACAGCGAACUACUUCUGAAACAGCUGUUAGACCACGUCCUCUUCAAUCCGGCCUUGUGGAUUUAUACUCCGGCUCCGGUUCAAACGAGGCUCUAUUCUUACCUGGCCACAGAGUUCCUGUCCGACACUCAAAUUUACUCGAACGUGAGACGAGUAUCGACCGUACUGCAGACGGUGCACACUUUGAAGUAUUACUAUUGGGUGAUUAAUCCUAGAGGAAAAAGCGGAAUAUUUCCUAAAGGGAUAGAUGGUCCUAGGCCCGCCCAAAAAGACAUCUUAGCAAUUAGAGCGUACAUUUUGCUCUUCCUCAAGCAGCUCAUAAUGAUUGGCAACGGCGUCAAAGAUGACGAGUUGCAAAGUGUUCUAAACUACUUAACAACAGUGCACGAAGAUGAAAAUCUGCACGAUGUUUUGCAAAUGCUGAUUUCGUUAAUGUCAGAGCAUCCUUCGUGUAUGGUUCCUGCUUUCGACGUGAAACACGGCGUCAGAUCGAUAUUUAAACUGCUAGCAAUGGAAAGUCAGCUAAUCCGAUUGCAAGCUCUCAAACUACUGGGAUUUUUUCUGAGUCGUAGCACCCACAAGAGAAAAUACGACGUGAUGAGCCCGCACAAUUUGUACACCCUUCUAGCUGACAGGCUGUUGCUUAAUGAAGAAUCAUUGUCGUUGCCGACUUACAACGUGCUUUAUGAAAUCAUGACGGAGCACAUCAGUCAGCAAAUCCUUUACACUAGACAUCCAGAGCCAGAGUCACAUUUCAGACUAGAAAAUCCUAUGAUUCUUAAAGUAGUGGCAACAUUGAUCCGCCAAUCAAAACAGACCGACCAGUUACUGGAAGUAAAGAAGCUCUUUCUCUCUGAUAUGACCCUGUUGUGCAACAACAAUCGCGAAAAUCGCAGAACGGUGCUGCAAAUGUCGGUGUGGCAAGAGUGGCUCAUUGCGAUGGCUUACAUUCAUCCGCAGAAUACUGAGGAACAAAAGUUGUCCGAUAUGGUUUAUGCUUUGUUUAGAAUGCUGCUGCAUCAUGCUAUCAAGUAUGAGUACGGUGGCUGGAGGGUGUGGGUCGAUACUUUGGCUAUUGUACAUUCUAAGGUUUCCUACGAAGAAUUCAAACUCCAAUUCUCUCAAGUCUACGAGCACUACGAACGUCACCGUGCCGAUCAGAUAACAGAUCCCCUACUAAGACAACAACACCCCAUAAGUACGAUUUCCGGAUGGCACGGUCAACCUCAAAACAUGCACAACGGUUGUCAUCCAGAAGAAGAAAACUGGCACGACAAUCGUCCAGUGAUCCAAGAAAUCGUCCUGAACGAAAACGACAAAAGCGAACAAGUUUGCAGUUGCGACUACAAUUCGACAAUCUCCGAAGGCAGUCCGGUGUCUUACAUAGCCAAGCACGAAGAUAGUGAAGGUGUUUCGUUAGAUUCGAGGACUAGCGAUUUGUUUAGUGAUAAUAAAAUAGGUAAAGAGUCGCCUUAUUCGCAAGAUUCGCCUUUGAAGUCGCAAGAGGACCAUUCAGCCAGUUCGCCGAUGUGUAACGGUGUUCACACUGAAAGCAGUACGAGUUUUGGUAGUCCGGCACGUGCCGACUUCAACGAAGAUCAAGAGAAGAAUCAAAUAAUUGAGGAAAUUGUCCAGGAAAUUUUAGCAAAGUCUGAACAAUUAUUGGAUAGUAAGCUAAAUAGUUGCUCAAAUAUUGAAGCUGAUUGUACUCAAAUUGUAGAAAGCGAUAGAAAUAUUAGCAAUUUAAAAGAAGAAGAUGUUUGUGUUAGUCCUGUUAAAAGCUUAAGUGGCAAUGACAAGGAGGUUAUUGAUAGUGAAUCCGAAAGGUAUUUGACUCCAACUGAAGAAAUGGCUGUUGUUGAAAAAAAGGAAGAAAUUAAAAUUGACACUAGUGGUGAUAGUGAAGAAAAUAAUACUGUAACAGUGUCAUUGACUAUAAAUGAAGAAGGUCAAGGUGACGUAGGUGAUAAACAUAGUGAUAGUGCUACUAAUAAUAAAUCAAAUUUUGUGCCAAUUGUUGAAAAUAGUGCUGUGUCUGUAGAAAUAGAGCCGUCCAACCAAACCAAUUCUAGUCUAGACGAAUCAAACAUUCCAAUUAUUGUAGAGGGCACCGAUAACGAACAAGUGCCUACCGUUGAAAAAAUACCAACGAUUUCGCAAUACUGUGAUCCUAGCUAUUCUACUCCUACUACGGAUGUCGUUGUUGACAACGUCGACGUCGUUAGUGCCAAUGUGGAUUCGCCCAUUCAACCCGAUACGCGUAGAAGGGUCAGUUUGCCUACUAAUCAUAUUGAAUCGCAAACCGACGAUCAUACCAGUAGUUCACACGUGCCUCAAGCUUCGCCUCAGAGACGACCUCGUAGUGCUUCAAUUUCAACUCAAGUAGAUACUAAUCAGUUUGAGCCGAAACAUUCCAAGUCAGAUUCGUCGUCGGCGAGGCCGAUGUUCAGUCCGGGACCGACGAGACCGCCAUUUAGAAUACCGGAAUUUAAAUGGUCCUACAUUCACCAGAGGCUCUUGUCCGACGUGCUGUUUUCGUUGGAGACCGACAUUCAAGUGUGGAGGAGCCACUCUACCAAAUCGGUGCUGGACUUUGUCAAUAGCAGCGACAACGCGAUAUUUGUCGUCAAUACGGUUCAUUUAAUAUCGCAAUUGGUUGAUAAUUUGAUUAUUGCUUGUGGCGGGCUUUUGCCUUUGUUGGCUUCUGCUACGUCACCAAAUAAUGAGCUGGAUGUUAUUGAGCCCACGCAAGGAAUGCCCAUAGAAGUAGCUGUGAGUUUUUUGCAGCGUCUGGUCAACAUGGCCGAUGUUUUAAUUUUUGCGAGCUCUUUGAACUUUGCGGAGCUUGAAGCUGAGAAGAACAUGUCUAGUGGAGGGAUUUUGCGGCAGUGUCUGAGAUUGGUGUGCACGUGUGCCGUUCGAAAUUGCCUGGAGUGUAAAGAACGGAGCCGACCGCACCACGCUAUUGCACCCCAAUCACAAAUUGCAAGUCACAAGGCCGCCCAUUUGCAGUCGUUCAUUAGAGGCGUCCAAAAUUCACCAAAGAAUAUGGCUGAUAAUCUGGCUAACCAAUCAAGUCCUGUCAAAGAUGUUGAAAAGCUGUUGCAAGAUAUGGAUGUCAAUAGGCUAAGGGCUGUUAUAUACAGAGAUGUGGAGGAAACAAAACAAGCUCAAUUCCUAUCCCUUGCCAUAGUUUACUUCAUAUCUGUACUGAUGGUGUCCAAAUACAGGGACAUACUUGAACCACCUGUAUCCAUAAGGGCGCCGAGUCCAGUGCCAGUGAGAAGUAAUGGAACUUCGCAUAAUUCUGGAAGUCCACAAGAAGGGAGCGCGCGUCCUUUAUUCCCUCAAUGGUCGCACCACGUCUAUCCCCAAUUCCUGCCUGGUUCCCAUCCCAAUGCCGUUUCGCAUACGAACUAUAUGCGUCACAGGCACCACUCCUACUCCAAACACAACCAUUACAAUUUGAAUAACAACCAUCACUCCCACUACCAUAAUCACAAAAUCGACCAUCGGUACCAUCGAAACUCUUUGGGUACCAGAACAGGUUCCACCAAAGCUAUACACCAUCAUGCGCAAGAUGACGGGGAUUAUGACGUCAUUACAGCUUACGUCAUGGAAGACUCGAAUUCUUUGCAUCAUGAAAACGAGUUGCAUUCAGGGCCUGCAUCAAUUAAGAGUACUGAUUCCAUGGAAGAUGUUAAUUCAGUGAAUUCCGCCGACACCAACAACGUAGGCUCCAACACAGAAACGCCAGAGUUCAACAAGAUUCUUACAAACGACGAAAAUUGGACUGACAUCAACUUGAACGAAGACGAUGCCCGUAAUGACCUCAAAGAAGAAACGCGCAACGCUGAAAAUAUUACCCAUUCACAAGGGUUGGAUUUGGAAGGGAAUAUUGAAAGCCCAACAUCAGAUAGAGGUGAAAAACAUUUAGGCCAAAUCUCUGUAGUCAGAGUGCCAGAAAACGUGUUGCAACCACCUACAAACCAAGUGAGGCCUGAUGAACUACCAGUCAGCAAUUUGGUAGACCAUAUUUCACUGCCAACUCCAUCCAGGGAAGCUUCCUUAACCCAAAAACUCGAAAUGGCUUUGGGCUCGGUGUGCCCAUUAUUGCGAGAAAUCAUGGUUGAUUUUGCUCCGUUUUUGAGUAAAACUCUUGUGGGGUCUCACGGGCAAGAGCUUUUAAUGGAAGGCAAAGGCUUGACUACUUUUAAAAAUAGUACGUCAGUUGUUGAGCUAGUGAUGCUGUUAUGCAGUCAAGAGUGGCAAAAUUCUUUACAAAAACAUGCUGGUUUGGCAUUUAUUGAGCUGAUAAAUGAAGGCAGAUUGUUGUCUCACGCCAUGAAGGAUCAUAUUGUUAGAGUGGCUAACGAAGCUGACUUUAUUUUGAACAGAAUGAGAGCGGAUGAUGUUUUGAAGCAUGCUGACUUUGAGACUCAAUGUGCCCAAACUCUUAUGGACCGAAAAGAAGAAGAGCGCAUGUGCGAUCAUUUAAUUACGUCUGCCCGUCGCAGAGACAACGUCACAGCAAGUCGCCUUCUAGAAAAAGUGCGCAACAUUAUGUCAAACAAACAUGGAGCUUGGGGCUCUGCAGAUCCAAACGAAUACAGACUAACUGAAUUUUGGAAAUUGGAUGCUUGGGAAGAUGACGCUAGAAGAAGAAAACGCUUUGUACAUAAUCCUUUAGGAUGUACGCACCCUGAAGCUAGUCUCAAGGCGGCCAUUGAACACGGCGCACCUGAAGAUGCAAUUUUACAAGCAAGAGAGGAGUUUCAUGCUCAUUUGGCCACUUCGAGGAAUCACCAGCAAAAUCAACCCAGCGAAUUGGUUGACGAUAAUGAAUUGCUCACUGAUGAUAGGGAAUUGGAUAGUGACCUUAAUGGUCCAGUUAAUAUUAGCACUAAAGCUAAGCUGAUAGCUCCUGGGAUUGUCGCCCCUGGAAUGGUAUCGGUGACGUCAGCAGAGCUGUACUUUGAAGUGGACGAGGACGACGAGGAAUUCAAAAAAGUGGACAGUGAGGUCCUCAAAUACUGCGAUCAUCUUCACGGCAAAUGGUACUUUUCCGAAGUCAGGGCGAUAUUUUCUAGACGAUACCUUUUGCAAAACAAUGCCAUUGAAAUAUUUUUGGCCAGCAGAACAUCUAUUAUGUUUGCGUUUCCGGAUCAAAAUACUGUCAAAAAAGUCAUCAAAGCGCUGCCCAGAGUGGGUGUGGGCAUCAAGUACGGCAUACCGCAAACGAGGAAGGCCAGCAUGAUGUCGUCGAGACAGCUAAUGAGAAACUCAAACAUGACGCAGAAGUGGCAGAGGCGCGAGAUCUCGAAUUUCGAGUAUCUGAUGUUUUUGAACACUAUUGCUGGACGAACCUAUAACGACCUCAACCAAUACCCAGUCUUCCCGUGGGUUCUUACCAACUUUGAAUCCAAAGAGCUCGACCUUAGCCAGCCUAGCAACUAUAGGGACUUGUCCAAACCAAUCGGAGCUCUAAAUCCUAGCAGAAGGGCUUACUUUGAAGACAGGUAUUCCACCUGGGAACACGAAAGCAUUCCGCCGUUCCAUUAUGGAACCCACUACUCAACGUCCGCAUUUGUAUUUAACUGGCUUAUAAGAAUGGAACCAUUUACAACAAUGUUCCUUGCAUUACAAGGCGGCAAAUUCGACUAUCCCAACCGCUUAUUCUCGUCCGUGGCUCUGUCAUGGAAAAAUUGCCAAAGAGACACUUCAGAUGUAAAAGAACUCAUUCCAGAAUUCUAUUUCUUACCAGAAAUGUUUGUGAAUUCAAACCGCUAUCGUUUAGGAGUGAACGAGGAUGGUAAACCGAUCAGUGACGUUGAAUUACCACCAUGGGCCAGCACCCCAGAAGAAUUCAUAAGAAUAAACCGGAUGGCUUUAGAAUCAGAAUUCGUUUCCUGUCAAUUACAUCAGUGGAUCGAUUUGAUUUUCGGCUACAAGCAAAAAGGACCUGAAGCAGUACGAGCUACAAAUUGUUUCUAUUAUUUGACUUAUGAAGGAAGCGUCGAUUUGGAUUCGAUACACGAUAAAGUAAUGAAAGAAGCUGUUGAGAAUCAAAUAAGAAACUUUGGACAAACUCCUUCUCAGUUGUUGAUGGAACCGCACCCACCUAGAAGUUCAGCAAUGCAUUUGUCUCCAAUGAUGUUCUCGACAAUCCCCGACGACAUCUGCAUGACAAUGAAGUUCCUAUCCAACAGCCCGAUAGUUCACAUUUCGGCCAACACUUACCCGCAACUACCCAAUCCUUCAGUCGUUACUGUUUCCAUGCAUCAGCAAUUUGCUGUUAACAAGUGGAACUCGGCUUACGCAGCCGUAGCUCAAUCCCCUAGCUACGCAGAUACGCCAAAAGAUCAAACUGCCAAUUUGCCAUUGUCCAUGGAUCCUGUUUUGUCUCUGACCAAUAACAGUAACCAACAAAACCAAAUGCUCCGCCGUAACUUGGGCGACAAUUUCAGCCAAAACCUAAAAAUCCGUUCGAAUUGUUUCGUAACCACCGUGGACUCGAAAUUCCUAAUAGCGUGCGGUUUCUGGGACAACAGCUUCCGCGUCUUUUCAACGGAAAGUGCCAAAAUCGUCCAAAUCAUUUUCGGACACUAUGGUGUAGUUACCUGCCUGUCCAGGUCCGAAUGCAACAUAACAUCAGAUUGCUACAUUGCGUCCGGAUCGGCCGAUUGUACAGUACUGUUGUGGCAUUGGAAUGCCAGGACGCAAACUAUUGUUGGCGAAGGCGAAAUUCCUACUCCGAGAGCUACGUUGACUGGACACGAACAACCUGUGUCUGGGGUUGUUAUAUCAGCCGAAUUGGGAUUGGUUGUUUCUGGAUCUUAUCAUGGUCCAGUUUUGGUACAUACAACUUUUGGGGAUUUGUUAAGGUCCCUAGAUCCACCCACAGGGUUUAGUUCGCCUGAAAACAUUGCCAUGUCUCGUGAAGGUGUAAUUGUUGUUAACUAUGAAAAGGGAAAUGUUGCUUCGUAUACUAUUAAUGGUAAACGAUUGAGGCACGAGUCGCAUAAUGAUAAUCUACAGUGUCUCCUUCUGAGUCGUGACGGUGAAUACUUGAUGACCGGAGGCGACAAAGGCAUCGUCGAAGUGUGGCGCACUUUUAAUCUGGCACUUCUUUACGCAUUCCCAGCUUGUGAUAGUAGCAUUAGGUCACUUGCAUUGUCCCAUGAUCAGAAAUUUUUACUAGCCGGUUUGGCAUUAGGUUCCAUAGUAGUAUUCCACAUCGAUUUCAAUAGGUGGCACCACGAGUUUCAACAGAGAUAUUGAUGGAAAAAGACUUACAGGAGGCGUAAAAGAAAAGGCUUUUAUAGGAAAUAGUAUUAAAAUGAGCAUUUAAUAUUGUUAUUAACUACUAGUUCAUGUUUUAAUCUACUAACUAAUUAUUUUUUGUGCAAUAUGUUGUUGAUUUUAUUUUAAAUAUAGGCAGCUAGUGUACUUAAUUAGUUAUAAUAAUUGUAUGAUUUUCUAAUACAGUAGACUUGUUAUACAUUUUUGACGUAGCAAUUAUUACCAUGCUUUGACUAUUCAUGAGGCUCAUUAAAGGAAUAGCCUAUAAAUAAUAAUUAAUAAUAAACUAUUAUUUUUAAACUUUAGACGGUUAAGGAUUUUUACAGUUAAUUAAAAAAAAUAAAAAUAAAAAUAAUGAAAAACCAUAAGUCAAUCAAAGCUGGUCUUUUUGUAAGUUUAAGCACGUUUGAAAUGUUUUGCUUCAGCUUACAGCACAUCCAUACCAGCAAUUUGUUAAGCCAGUUUAAUUGGCGCACUUUUUGGGCACCAUAUUAUGUUUUUUGCUUUGAGAAUUGAUAAUCUAUGUAUGAUUUCAACAAUAAUCUUUGACAUUUUAUGAAAAUGAUGUGAAACAAUUUGUUUUUUUUUGGGAAAAAUUUGCUCACUAAAAAGCUCAAUGGAAAGAAAAAUUAAUUUGAAGAAAGAUUCUUGAAGCAAAACUAAUUAUAAUGUAAAAAAAUUGUUAUUACAGACGCAUAUACGGUGCCCAUAAAACAUUCCCUCCAGCAAUUGUAAUAUAAUACUGCAAAUCUGUCCAAAAAAAAAAUAAAUACAUAAAUCAAACUUAUAAUAUGUAUAUAAGAUUUAAAAAAUCGUUUUUCUUUUUUUUAAUGGAGCGAUUCUAGGAUUAAGCGACUACGGGGGUGUAUUAAAGCAUUUUAACCUUAAUGUAUUAUUUUAUUACCUACUUCAAAAAAAAAAAACAAGAAAUGUAAUAUGAAUACUGUAUGUUUGAUGUUAGCAAUAAAAAAUUAUGUUCAUGAUUUGUAUACACAAUAAUUAAAUAAAUGUGUUUUGUUCAUGUU